AGGACUGGAAGUGUAAUUUGUUCAUAAAAUUUCUAAACCCUCAGGCCUCAACCCUAUAUAUGCUGCCUUUCUUGGCUUCAACUGCUCCGCCAGUUGCUCCGCCGCCAACAGCCGUGCAGCUGCUCCGCCACCACCGGUAUCUAUCUUCCUUCCAGUGAAUUAGGGCAAUAUAACAGGACGACACAAUGAGAUUGGAAAAAUGUUGGUUUUGUUCCUCAACUGUAUAUCCAGGCCAUGGUAUUCAAUUUGUUCGAAACGAUGCAAAGAUCUUUCGGUUCUGUAGGUCUAAGUGCCACAAGAACUUUAAGAUGAAGAGGAAUCCUCGUAAAGUUAAAUGGACUAAAGCAUAUAGACGGCUGCAUGGAAAGGACAUGACUCAGGACUCAACAUUUGAAUUCGAGAGGAAGCGUAAUAGGCCAGAGAGAUAUGACAGGAAUGUAACUGAGAACACUUUGAAGGCCAUCAAGAAAAUUGAUAAAAUCAGAGUUGACAGGGAGGAGAGACAUAUUGCAAAGAGGAUGAAAGGAAAUAAAGCCAAGGAGCAGAGAGAAGCAACAAAGGAGCUCGAGCAGAGCAUUCACAUGGUCAAAGCUCCUUCUGUGCUCGUCAAAGAGCCAUCACUUACACUACCUACCAAGGUCAAGGUUUCGCAAAAGCAGUCAGAGGAAAAUCGCAUGGAGGAAUGAACAUUUUGCUUACCAUAUUCUAUUUUUUCAAAUUAAAAACACUAAAUCAGUCCAUACUUAUUUUUGCAGUAUGUAUAACAUUUUGAUGACAUUGACAUGCUAAGCUUUCCCUUACCUUCAGAAUAGUAAUGGUUUGUCGACUUAGUCUUGUGUGUAGAAUUUUUUGAACUUCCAAUAUGAGUAUUUUGAUGAGGGACCAAAGGGCAGAUAAUAUAUAUUUCAAGAGGUU